AUGCCUUCAUCGACGCUACCGCCUUUGAAUUGGCUAGUCAGUCCGCCGCAGAGCACAGAGACAUCGCCGACGAAUCCAGAAACCAACCAGACGAGCCAUGAUCAGCUCAGCGUUCCUAUCCAGCCUGACGAGCUCACCGAGCAGCUCGAUCUGUGGGCGAAUGUCAAAUUCGACUUUGAUAGCCCCGACAACGCCGCAGGCGGUCAGCUAGCCAGUCUCGACGACGAGUAUGCCAACGCUCUCACAUUCGACACGGACCAGAAGCCGCAGAUCAAGCGACAGAAAUACGACUUGGAUGCUGCACUAGCGGGUGUUGUGGGUGCGGGUGGCGCGGGUGGUGCGCAAGCGAACAGCGUGCCAGCCAGCAGUGUGCCUUCGCUCCUCCCUCAAUCUGAACCUACCCUGGAGACUAUCAGUGCGCUCCUCAAAGAAGCACCCUCAGCGCCCCUCCUCAGCAACAGCACCACAAACAACGCUCACGAGGAGGACGACGAUGAUGAGCACAAUGACGAGGACAAGGUGGUGCGCAGACGCCGUUUCAAGAAGCUGCCUAUGCCCCCUGUCCAGCAGAAGGACGGCGAGUCGUACGACCAGGCUAAAAAGCGCACUGAGAAGGAGCACAGAGAGGCGGAGACGGCGGCUAAGAAGGAGCUGGAGGAGGACAAGCGUCGCAGAAACACAGCAGCUUCGGCUAGAUUCAGAGUUAAGAAGAAGGCUAGGGAGGCUGCUCUCGAGCAGGAGACAAACGAGUAUAAAGGUCGUCUGGAGCAGGCGGAAAGGGCAGUCAGCGAUCUCAAACGCGAGAAUGGUUGGCUUAGAGGGUUGAUUAUAAACUCGAAUAGGGCUUAG